GCCGCGGGCCCGCCGGCGCUCCCCGGCCCGCUCCCUCACGCUGACAUGGUCGCCGGCGAUGGACCCUCCCAGGACAGGAAGCCCUUACCAGCCCGCCAUUGAAGCUUUGGAAAGCCACCCAGAGAAAAAGUUUUACAAUGUGUCGAAGCUCGGAGGCGCCAAGUAUGAUACCCUGCCUUACUCCAUCCGCGUGUUGUUCGAGUCCAGCGUCCGCAACUGCGAUGGCUUCUUGGUGAAGGAGACGGAUGCUAUGAACAUCUUGGACUGGAAAACAAAACAGAACCAUGUUGAAGUGCCCUUCUGUCCUGCCAGAGUUGUUCUUCAAGACUUCACUGGAAUUCCAGCAAUGGUGGAUUUUGCUGCCAUGAGGGAAGCUGUGAGAAAUGCUGGAGGAGAUCCAGUGAAGGUCAAUCCUGCCUGCCCAACUGAUCUCACUGUUGACCAUUCUCUGCAGAUUGAUUUCAGCAAAUGUGCAAUCCAGAACGCUCCCAACCCCGGCGGGGGCGAGCAGAAGCCGCUGGCCCGGCUGUCCCCGCUGAAGCCGCCGCUGCGGAAGCCGCCCCCGUGCCGGGGCCACAGCGGCUGCCGGGGCCCGUGCGAGGCCGGCCGCAGCCCAGGGCCCUUCCCUGCGCAGAUCGAGAACACGCCCAUCCUCUGCCCCUUCCACCUGCAGCCUGUGCCUGAGCCUGAGACAGUAUUAAAAAAUCAAGAGAUGGAAUUUGGCAGAAAUAGAGAGAGGCUUCAAUUUUUUAAGUGGAGUUCAAAAGUUUUUGAGAAUGUUUCCAUAAUUCCACCUGAGACUGGAACAGCACAUCAAGUGAACUUGGAAUAUUUGUCCCGAGUGGUUUUUGAUGUGAAGGAUUUCCUGCACCCUGAUAGCGUGGUUGGCACAGACUCGCACACAACCAUGGUAAAUGGCUUGGGUAUCUUGGGCUGGGGCGUCGGGGGCAUCGAGGCGGAAGCGGUGAUGCUGGGAAUGCCGCUGACGCUGCCCCUGCCGGAGGUGGUGGGCUGUGAGCUCACAGGCACCGUCAGCCCCUUUGCCACUUCCAUAGACAUCGUUCUCAGCAUCACCAAGCAUCUUAGACAAGCUGAUGUCGCUGGAAAAUUUGUUGAGUUUUUUGGGAGUGGUGUUUCCCAACUGUCCGUAGCAGACCGAACCACAAUAGCAAAUAUGUGUCCUGAAUAUGGUGCUAUUCUGAGUUUUUUCCCUGUUGAUAAUGUGACAUUGAAGCACUUAAAGCAUGCAGGUUUUGAUAAGGCCAAGCUUGAAGUCACAGAAGCAUAUCUUAAAGCUGUGAAGUUAUUUAGAAAUUAUGAGAGUUCUUCCAGAGAGCCUGAGUAUUCCCAGGUAGUGCAAGUUAGUCUAAGUUCUAUAAUUCCAUAUGUCAGUGGCCCCAAGAGAUCCCAAGAUAGAGUGGCUGUUAAUAACAUGAAAAGUGACUUCCAAGCCUGCUUAAAUGAAAAGUCUGGUGUUAAAGGGUUUCAGAUUGCAGCUGAGAAGCAGAAUGACAUUGUGCCUGUUCAGUAUGAAGGAAAUGAAUACAAGCUGUCCCACGGCUGCGUUGUCAUUGCUGCAGUCAUCAGCUGUACAAACAAUUGCAAUCCAUCUGUCAUGCUUGCUGCAGGACUGCUGGCCAAAAAAGCUGUUGAGGCUGGCCUCGAGGUGAAGCCCUACAUCAGAACAAGUUUAUCCCCUGGCAGUGGCAUGGUCACACAUUACCUCAGUUCCAGUGGAGUAUUGCCAUACCUCAGCAAGCUUGGGUUUGAGGUUGUUGGUUAUGGGUGUUCCACCUGUGUUGGGAACACGGCCCCUUUGCCAGAAGCCAUCAGGAAUGCAAUAAAACAGGGAGAUCUCGUUGCCUGUGGGGUGUUGUCUGGCACCAAGAACUUUGAGGGCCGCCUGUGUGACUGUGUCCGUGCCAACUACCUGGCGUCCCCGCCGCUGGUCGUGGCCUACGCCAUCGCGGGCACCGUGCACAUCGACUUCGACACGGAGCCCUUGGGCACUGGCUUUAAUGGCAAAAGUAUUUACUUACGAGAUAUUUGGCCCACAAGACAAGAACUUCACACAGUGGAGGAAGAGCGUGUGAUAUCAUCCAUGUUUAAGGAAUUGAAAGAAAAGAUGGAGAAAGGAAACAAACGAUGGAAUUUACUGGAAGCACCAGAGUCGACUUUAUUUCCCUGGGAUUUAAAAUCUACUUAUAUUAGAUGUCCUUCCUUUUUUGAUAAACUUGCCAAAGAAGCAGCUCCCCCGCGGGCGGUUGAGAACGCGCACGUGCUGCUGUUCCUGGGGGACUCUGUCACCACGGAUCACAUUUCCCCUGCUGGGAGCAUUGCCAGGAGCAGUGCUGCUGCCAAGUACCUGACCAGCAAAGGACUCACACCUCGUGAAUUCAACUCUUAUGGGGCUCGAAGAGGUAAUGAUGCUGUGAUGACAAGAGGUACCUUUGCAAAUAUCAAGCUUCUCAAUAAGUUCAUAGGAAAACCAGCUCCUAAAACAAUUCACUUCCCAUCAGGACAAACGCUAGAUGUGUUUGAAGCAGCAGAGCUGUACCAGAAGGAAGGCAUUCCUGUCAUUAUUCUAGCAGGAAAGAAGUAUGGACUGGGUAGCUCAAGAGACUGGGCUGCAAAAGGACCUUUUCUACUGGGUGUUAAAGCUGUCCUAGCAGAGAGCUAUGAGAAGGUUCACAGGAGUCAGCUGAUUGGAAUUGGCAUUGCUCCACUUCAGUUUCGUCCUGGGGAAAAUCCAAGUACUCUGGGACUCACUGGCAGAGAGCAAUUUUCUAUAUUGUUCCCUCCAGACUUGUUGCCCAGAAUGACGUUGGAUGUUAAGACAAGCACUGGAAAAGUAUUCAGCGUGAUUGCCUUGUUUGAAAACAGUAUGGAGAUAACUUUAUACAAGAAUGGUGGAAGUCUGAACUUUGUGGCUCGAAGAUUCUUAUAGUAGCUACUGACUCUCUGGGUACCCUACAUAACUGGUAACUCAGCAAAGGCCUUGUGUGAACCCAGGAAUCUGUACUGUGGAACUGCAAACAGUCCUAGUGUGCUCAAAGUUACUUCGUCCAUGGAUGUAAAAGAUUGUGAAUCAUUGUAACUGCAACGAGAUCCUUUCUGAUUUUAAAUAAUAUUCUAAUGGUGCUAUUAAACAUUGCUAAAAUCAACAUGUGUAUUGUGACAAGAGAGCUGUAAGUAUGGAGGGGAUGUUUUAUCAGACCAUUUUGUAAAUAAACUAUGCGAAAUUGAAA